AUGGUGGGUCAAAUAAAGGCAAGAAGAGCUGCUGGUAUUGUUUUGAAGAUGAUACAGGCUGGUAGAAUUGCCGGAAGAGCAGUUUUAGUUGCGGGUCCUCCCUCUACAGGUAAAACAGCUAUUGCCAUGGGAAUGUCUCAGAAUUUAGGUCCUGAGGUACCGUUUACGGCAAUAUCUGGAUCUGAAGUUUUUUCUUUAGAUUUAUCUAAAACCGAAUCAUUAACUCAAGCAUUCAGAAAAUCAAUUGGAAUCAGAAUUAAAGAGGAAACUGAACUUAUCGAAGGUGAAGUUGUUGAAAUUCAAAUUGAUAGGUCGAUCACUGGAGGUCACAAGCAAGGAAAAUUAACAAUCAAGACUACUGACAUGGAAACUAUAUAUGAACUUGGAAAUAAAAUGAUAGAAGGUAUAACGAAAGAAAAGAUCUUGGCAGGUGAUGUUAUAUCUAUCGAUAAAGCUUCUGGUAAGAUCUCCAAAUUAGGGAAAUCUUUCACUAGAGCUAGAGAUUACGAUGCAAUGGGUCCCGAGACUAAGUUUGUACAAUGUCCUGAAGGUGAACUACAAAAAAGAAAGGAAGUGGUACACACAGUGUCUUUGCACGAGAUCGAUGUUAUCAAUUCGAGACAGCAAGGAUUUUUAGCUCUCUUUUCGGGUGACACAGGUGAAAUAAGGUCAGAAGUACGUGACCAAAUCAAUACUAAAGUAGCUGAAUGGAAAGAAGAGGGAAAAGCAGAAAUUGUGCCUGGUGUUUUGUUCAUUGACGAGGUUCACAUGUUAGACAUUGAAUGCUUCUCGUUCAUAAAUAGUGCGUUGGAGGAUGAUUUUGCUCCCAUUGUUAUAAUGGCAACCAACAGAGGCAUUUCCAAAACUCGUGGCACCAGUUAUAAAUCACCACAUGGCUUGCCCGUGGAUCUUUUAGACAGAUCUAUAAUUAUUCAUACGUCGUCAUACAAUGCAGACGAAAUCAGAACAAUUUUGUCUAUUAGGGCAGUAGAAGAAGAAGUUGAAUUAACUGGUGAUGGAUUGUCAUUACUAACAAAAAUCGGUCAAGAGACCAGUUUGAGAUAUGCAGCCAACCUUAUUUCGGUAUCGCAACAAAUAGCCUUAAAGAGGAGAAGUAACUCGGUAGACCUUCCAGAUAUCAAGAGGGCUUAUAUGUUAUUUUAUGAUUCUGACAGAUCAGUUCAAUACUUAGAGGAAUAUUCUAGCCAAUUUAUUGAUGACAACGGAACUGUCACUAUCGGCAAAGGAUCCAAUGACGAUAAGAUGGAGACUGAUUAA